GAAAUAUAUUGGGCUUUGGGCCCGUUAGGCUCUCUUCCUGUGUGUCUUGACUUGAGGUUGCCUCUAAACCCACUUCUUGCUCAAAUCCCUCGUUCCCAAAAUCGAAAAAGGUUAGCUCUCUCUCACCGGCAAGCUGAGAAUCAUCAGAACGCAUCUGGGGAUCAGAAUCAGACCGCCAUCGUUUGCCUCUGUCUCUAGGGUUUCCUGAUCAAACAUUCUCUACGCUGCAAUGGCGAUGGCUGCUUUGCGACGCGAAGGGAGGCGAUUCGCCGGCUCUCUCACCGCUCCCCAACCAAUGUCCGCUAUCCGAUCCGCUAUCGUGUCUGAGGAGCAAGUGCCUCUGGGAGUGCGUUCAAUCUCGACUCAAAUUGUUAGAAAUCGGAUGAAGAGUGUCAGGAACAUUCAGAAAAUUACAAAGGCUAUGAAGAUGGUUGCUGCAUCGAAGUUGCGAGCCAUUCAAACCAGAGCUGAAAAUUCUCGUGGCCUGUGGCAGCCUUUUACGGCUCUUCUUGGUGACACUCCUGGGGUUGAAGUGAAGAAAAAUGUCAUUGUCACUAUUUCCUCUGACAAAGGUCUCUGUGGUGGAAUUAACUCUACAUCAGUCAAGAUAAGCAGAGCUAUUCACAAGUUGACUUCUGGCCCGGAAAAGGAAGUGAAGUAUGUUAUCUUGGGGGAAAAGGCGAAAGCUCAACUGAUGCGUGAUUCAAAGAAAGAUAUUGAGUUAUGCAUCACCGAGUUGCAAAAGAAUCCUUUGAACUAUACCCAGGUUGCCGUGUUAGCCGACGAUAUUUUGAAGAAUGUAGAAUUUGAUGCUUUGAGGAUUGUCUUCAACAAAUUUCAGUCUGUUGUCGCGUUUCUGCCUACAAUGUCGACUGUCUUGUCUCCAGAGGUUGUUGAGAGAGAGGCAGAGGCUGGUGGAACGCUUGGUGCGCUAGAUUCCUAUGAGAUUGAAGGUGGUGAAACGAAGGGAGAAAUUCUCCAGAACCUUGCUGAGUUCCAGUUCUCUUGUGUAAUGUUUAAUGCAGUACUAGAGAAUGCUUGCAGUGAGCAAGGUGCAAGGAUGUCUGCCAUGGACAGUUCAAGCAGAAACGCUGGAGAUAUGCUUGACCGCCUGACUAUAUUCUAUAACAGGACUCGUCAAGCAUCUAUCACAACUGAGCUGAUUGAGAUUAUCUCUGGAGCAUCAGCACUGGAAGGCUAAUCACAACAGAUGGCGACGAAAUAAGGUGUUAGCGGAUAACCGAGUUGCAAGUUUUUUGUUUAUGGGUGAUAUCAUAUCUUUUGAAGAUGUUUUGUUGAGCAAUUGCAAUAAUCCCCUUCCCCAGCAUUAUAGUUUCGUUUCUGGGAAAUUGAAACGUGCUUUACCAUUAUUUACCCCUUCUGUUGAAGACUUGAAGUUGAUAAUUUGAGUUGAAAUCAACGAGAUGUCAUCGACUACCAAAUCAAAUGUACAUUGUGCUGUUGACUUUUCCAUCGUAUUAUAUUUCUGGAUUUUUAUGUAUGAAAGCCCACAGCCCAUUGGCUAGUGGGCCUAUUAAUGGCAGACAUGUUGUCGCCAGUCUUCUUUGUUGGCCUUAUACGCAAUGGUAUAUAUU